UAAAUUGUUGCUUGUCAUUGCGUAACUUCCCCUAAGGCAAGACGCCAUGGCGUUCGGGAUUCAACCGUUUAAAAGGCCAAAAGGCAGGACGCUCUCGGCAUACGAUUCGGAUCCUUCAAACAGAUCUCCACUGCUCCAACAUGCCCGUUUACAAGCUUCGCUAUUUCAACAACCCGCGUCGAGGCCGUGCCGAGUUGGCUCGCCUUAUUCUUCACCAGGCUGGAGUCGAAUUCGAAGACAUCCGCUUCCCUCACAGCGAAUGGCCCGCCAUUAAACCCAGCACGCCGUUUGGCCAAGUUCCUGUCCUGGAAGUUGACGGGCAAGUAUUGGCCCAGUCAAAUACCAUUGCUCGUUACCUCGCUAGGAAAUAUGGCCUUGCUGGGAAGAACGACUGGGAGCAAGCUUUAGCCGACAUGUACGCCGACAACAUUAAUGAUCUCUUGAACGCUGCGGUCCCUCCGUUCAUGGAGAAGGAUCCAGUCAAGCAGAAAGAAAUGUACGAAAAGUUUAUGGCCGAGACGAUUGCCAAUCACGUUGUCCUCAUUGAAAAGCAAUUGAAAAAGAACAACACAGGAUAUCUCGUUGGGAACGAUUUGACGUGGGCUGAUUUGGCUUAUUACGCUUAUUUCUCCGAUUUCUUGGAAGUGAAAUUCGGUAGUGCCUUUUUGAAAGACGCGCCACUUUUGAAAGCUCUAAUCGAUCGCGUCAAAGCACUUCCGAAUAUCAAGAAGUGGACGGAAUUUCGAAAUUCCAAAUACCCAGAAGAAAAUUAAGAAAACAAGAAACAUAUACUAUUACAUAACCAUUUAAUCCGAAUUUUAAAAAACGAGUAUCAAUCGUUGAUUUGAUGUAAUCCCUGCUUUGACGGCUAGUUAUCAGAAGGCCAUCUGUUUUUAAGUUGCGCUAUUCCGGUUUGAUUUUCCAAAACUCAAUGAGCCAUAAAAUACACACGAACGAACGUA